AUGGUAAUCUCAGCAGUCACAGCCAACUCAACUCCUGUUGUUAGAGACUGGAGUCCAAAUGGUCUUAAUUCAACAUAGAUGACUUUCAUUAUGACUGCAAUCAGAUCAACAAUUUAAGGCUUCCAAAGAGGUUUAUACAAUAAUGGAAACUUCAAGAUCUCAGACUAAUGCCUUUAAUCAUCAUUUAAUGACAACAUGCUCAAAGUUGAAGAAGCCAUCAGCAGUGCAAACUACUUUAAUAUGAUAGCAGCAGCAAGCCCAAUUUACCAAGUUGCCUACAAUCUUUAAAAGAGUUGCAAUUUAAAUGAAUUAUCCUGGAUGCUUAUGUCAGUAUGUGAGAAGGGAACUUGCAAUGUCAACUAAAUUUCAGCUAACAUUGUCAAGAAUUUGUUCUUCAUCACUGGUUCAAUGAACACUAUAGUUGAGCUUUAUGUCGAUGGUCUCAAGAUUAAGCUUAAUAAUUUGGAAUAAUGCGAAUCCAACUUCAAUGAAAUGGGAUCAGAGGUUGGCAGAAUCGUGAGACUAUUAUUUGGAUUUAAUAAGAACAAAAUCAUUGACAGAUCCAACUUUUAUUGA